AGCUCGCAUCAAGGUCGACAAGUGACAUUGAACAUAACCUAAAAAAUAUAAUCUGUGUUUUUUUGUAUUUAAUAUAAAAAUUGUGCUUAUUCAUCAAUCGUUGAGGAGUCAUCUGAAAAAUUGAAAUUCAUCAUUUGUAACAAAUCAGUUAACAAUAUGUCGGCACAAAAAGUGGCUGUGGUAACUGGAGGCAACAAAGGCAUCGGCUAUGCAAUCGUAAAAGGCCUUUGCGAGAAAUUCCAAGGUAUAGUUUACCUCACUGCUAGAGAUGUCGGCAGAGGCGAGGCUGCAGUGAGCAAAUUGAAAGAACUUGGAUUCAACCCUUUGUUUCACCAACUUGAUAUUGACGACCAAGGCAGUAUCACCAAACUUAAAAAUCAUUUGGUGGAGAAACACGGGGGCCUCGACCUUUUGGUCAAUAAUGCUGCCAUCGCAUUUAAGAACGACGCUCCUGACCCAUUCAGUGAACAAGCGAAAACUACAGUUGCAGUUAACUAUUUUUCCUUGUUAAGAGUGUGCGAAACCUUAUUUCCCAUCUUGAGACAAAAUGCCAGAGUAGUUAAUUUGUCAAGUUCUGCUGGACAUUUGUCAAGAAUACCCUCACCUGAGUUGAGGGCAAAAUUCAGUAACCCAAACCUGACCGUACCACAACUAAAUAAAUUAAUGGAACAGUUUGUUCAGGACGCUAAAGCUAAUAAACAUCAGGAAGCGGGUUGGGGCACCUCCGCCUAUGUCGUUUCCAAAGUAGGCGUGAGUGCGCUCACAAGAAUUCAACAAAGAGAGUUUGAUAAGGAGGCCCCUAAUCGAAACAUCUCUGUGAAUUCUGUUCAUCCAGGGUAUGUUGAUACGGAUAUGACGAGUCAUAAGGGCCCAUGGACCAUUGAACAAGGUGCCCGAGCACCGCUGUUUUUGGCCUUAGAAGCAGAGAAUUUGAAAGGGCAGUAUAUCUGGUCUAAUGCAACUGUGGCCCAGUGGGAUGCUGAUAAGCCCCCAGCACCAGUUUAAUUAUGUAUUCUAUCAUUUUUACGUUCAGUUUCCAUAAAUAAAAGUAUUAAUCUUAAA